AUAACUAUAAAUUUAUGAGCAAUUAGAUCUUAUGAUAUUUAUCAGUGUGGUUUCUUUCAAUGUACAAGUUAUCUUGCUUUCGAUUCAACUUAGUUGCAAAUACGUUUCUUAUGAAGCUGUUACACAGAUUGUCCGUUGAAGCACCAGAUUGACGUUGAUGGUCGGUAAAAUUGGAACGCCCCUACCAAAUUAAAACAUAUGAUUGUGAUGACAGACACUUUCAUUUAAAUCUCUCUUUUUCUUGUGACAGUUAUUUAGGUUGCCAUGAAUAAGAAAACAGGCUAGUUAUUAUUGUCAGGUGUAAAAAAUGACCGAAUCUCCCCAGCCGUUGAAAGAAGAUCUUGCCAUUGAAAUAGAGCAAAAUGUUACAGUCAGUAAAAAUCACAUUGUGGAUGCUGACAUGCCAUCGGAGCCUGAAGGUAAUGGGGCGAAAAAUCCGAACAUUAACAUUGAUACUUCAGUGAGUGAUCAUGGACCAAAUCAUACCACUUCAGAUGGAUCCCCACCCAAGUGGGGUAUUCAUGAAGAUCUUAAGCAUCUACAGGAAGAUGACAUGAUUUUAGCUGCCACCCUUGUAAUUGAUGCCAAAGAAGGCAGAAAUUUUACAUUUAAAACAGAUCCAACUUAUGUACGGUCCUACAAUCUCUAUCACAAGUUUUAUUUACGAUAUUUGCUGUACUUCAUGAUUCUGUUUAACCUCUCUUUGGCUCUUUUUGAGAGGCCAGCUAAAUCAGGCUGGGAAAUUCCUUACUGGGCUUCCAUGCUGCUAGAGACGAUGUGUUUGGCAUUUUUUAUCUACCGCUUCUUGCACUCGGCUUACUUUAGCCAGAGAGAAGUAUUCUUCAGAGACACCAAAAACUGGUUAAUCCUUGUGGUCAUUGUGCUAACAUUUAUUGAUAUGAUAUGUUACGUAAUCUGGGACAAUGUUACACAUUCGACGCGACCUAUCAGGUGGUCUCGGCCAUUACGACCUCUAUUCCUCAUUAACUUUCCAGAUGGGAAACAGAUUCGGCGAGCUUUUCGGAACAUUCGACGUACUGUGCCAGAGAUUAUGAAUGUCCUCAUUCUGUUUCUCCUCAGUGUUCUGUUGUUUGCACUGUUGGCUCUAAAGCUGUUUAGUCGGAGGGAUUUAGUGUAUGCUAAUGGAGAUCCAUACUUUGAGACCUACUUGGACAGUAUAUGGGAUCUCUAUGUCUUAGUUACCACAGCAAACAGCCCUGAUGUAAUGAUGCCAGCCUAUGACAGCAGUAACUGGUUUGCCUUGUUCUUCAUCUUCUACAUUGUGAUUUGUUGGUUGAUUUUCAUGAGCAUCGUUUUGGCUGCCAUCUAUUACAGCUACAGGAAAAACCUCAAGAAUGAAAUCAAAGCUGCUGUAUAUGGGAAGAGAAGAAAGUUAGCCCAGGCGUUUGACAUUCUGAAAGUUCCGCAUGGAGGCCGCCAGGUGGUGACGUAUACUGUUUGGUGUGAGUUAAUGAAGCGUGUCAUUCCCAACCGCAGUCGCAGCCAUAUUGACCUACUUAUCCGAGUUCUGGAUAUCGAUGGAUCCAACAUGAUCAGAAAACAACAGUUCCUGAAGCUUGCUGACCUUUUAGAACUACAGCUCUCAGAGGUCAAAGACAGGCAGACAUUUCUGGAACAAAAAUUCCCUGUUAUAUAUAACUCAUUUAUCAGCAGAAUUGUGAAACUGGUGGUCAGACACAAAGCCUUCCGCUACUUCUUUGACUUUAUGAUAUUUGUGAAUGCCUGGUUCAUUGGUUUUGAUCUUGAUGAAGCCGACUGGUUCUUUCUUGGAAUUUUCAUGCUGGAAAUUGUUUUGAAAUUAUAUACAUUUGGACCUCGAGAGUUCUUCAGAGUGUUUUGGAAUGUAUUCGACUUUGUUGUGAUAGGAGCUGCUGUGAUUGCAUCUGCCAUUGAAACAAUUGAAGAUUCUACAUACGAGGAGUUUCAGCUGUUGGACUACCUCCUCGUUUUAAGAGUUUUGAGGCUAUUCAAAAUUUUUGGAAGCAUAAAACGCUUUAAAGUAAUUCUCCAGACAAUUAUCAACAUUGGACCAUCUAUCAUAACCUAUGGAGGGGUGAUUUUGGUAUUUUACUACAUCUUCGCCAUCAUCGGUAUGGAGAUCUUCCAAAACCUGAUUCAUUACUAUGACUACUACAAAGAGGACUCCCCACCGUUCUGUGGCAACUCCGCCCUGAACGGGACUCAGUUCUACAAGUUCCACUACUGUAACAACAACUUUAAUGACCUGCUCCGCUCCCUCGUGGUUCUGGUGGAGCUGACUGUGGUCAACCAGUGGCAUGUGUUAGCUUCGGGUUUUGUGGCGGUAACCAGUAAAGUGGCUCGCCUUUAUUUCUUCUGUUUCCACAUGUGCUGUGUCAUCAUUGUCUUGAACAUAUUUAUUGCAUUUAUCCUAGAGGCUUUUAUUUUGGAAUACACCAUACAAAAAGUAGGGAAACUUGAGUCAUAUGUGGAACAGAAAAUUCGAGAUUUGGGAUUGGGAAUAGGACAGACAGGGCCAAGGCAGAGACAGCUAUCUGCAGCUAAUGACAAUUCUGAACUUGUUCCCAAUGAAGAGCUCAACAUCGUGGAACAGCCAGACUCGGAUUCUGACACAGAGAGUAUUCCUGAUUUGUCUGUAGAAAAGGGGUUACGAUUCCACCUCAAGAAGAAAAGUCGUAAGAAAGUGGAGGUGCUCUUGCAGCAGAUGUUUGAGGGAGAAAUAGACCCGGAAGAUGAGGGACCAGAGAAUGAGACCGAGAUUUAUGUGGAUAAAGGCCCCCGGCGCCUCACCCUCGACACUGUGGCCUAGCCGCGCCCUGCUAGAGUUCCCGUACCCCCUCAGGUAUCCCUGUCAAGACAAAAUGAACUGUUCCCUGGACUAGCAAAGAUGGACACAGUCUCUUUUUUCUUCAAUGAAAUACUCGGCAUCAUAUGAAAGAUAGUUUGUGAAAGAGUUCAUAUUUACCAUAGUCAUAUGGGUUAUCGUUUAUUUGAAAAUGUAAACCACAGAAGGCAAUUCUUUCACUAAUCUUGAAUUUUUUCCUAGCAUUUACAAAGAAUGGCACAAAACAUUUCAAAAGUAUUGUAUUUUACACUUAUUGUAUUUAGGAAAUAAGUCUGCCAAUCAUGCGAUUACUUGUGUGUUUAUUUAUACAAUGGUCGAGAUUAUGAUGUCACAAAUACUCAGUAUAGUUUCUGGUUAUACAAUGUUUAUGUUUUGUGUUUUAAUUCAUGGGUGUUUGAGAAAAACUAAUCAUUGAAUAAGUGCUAUAUACAUAUUUAUUUAUUCCACGUGUAUAUUGUAAAAGUCACAAAAAUGAUAAAAACAUUUUUAGCUUAUUCAAAUUCAGGUAUAUAGAUUUGUAAAGCAGACAAUUUUUUCCAUGCAGGAUACUGUAAACCAACUUUUAUUUGUGUGCGAGAAAAUUUUGCGAGGUUAGCGAGAGCCUUGUCGUCUCGAAUAUUUCUCGACGCGAACCAAUCCUUUGUC